AAAAAGAAGCGUCCUUUACCGGGAGGAAGAGGGCGAGCGUCCCGCACGCGGACAGGUGAAUCACCAUGACGACAGAGCCAGGUGAGCCACAGGAGGCCCAGCCCAAAGAGGCGGAGUUGUUCCCUGAAGCCGCCGCCCACUCCACACCUAAACAGGGAGGGGAGGGCGGGCCGUCCCCGAGCCAAGCUCAAAGCUCAUUGGCUGAGGACUCGACUAGUCACCUGUCUUCGAGCAGUCGAAUCGCUCGCUCCCCGGCAAGAAACCCGCUGAGCUUUAGGACGAUGCAGACCAAAGUGACCCUGCUGGAUGGCUCGCUGUUCACCUGCACUGUGGAGAAACGUGCUCGUGGUCUGCAGCUGUUUGAGAAGGUCUGUGAACACAUCAACCUGCUGGAGAGAGACUACUUUGCUUUGUCCUUCAGAGACGCCGACAACAACAAGAACUGGUUGGAUCCGGCGAAGGAGAUGAAGAAGCAGGUCAGAGGCGUUCCCUGGAACUUCUCCUUUAAUGUCAAGUUUUACCCUCCAGACCCCGCCCAGCUCUCUGAGGACAUCACCAGGUACUUCCUGUGUCUCCAGCUCAGACAAGAUAUAGUUUCUGGUCGUCUUCCGUGUUCAUUUGCGACUCACACUGUCCUAGGCUCCUAUACCAUCCAAUCAGAGCUUGGAGACUAUGAUCCUGACGAGUGUGGCUCAGAUUAUGUCAGUGAACUCUGUUUUGCUCCGAAUCAAACAAAAGAAAUGGAGGAGAAGAUCAUGGAGCUGCAUAAAUCAUACAGAGGAAUGACACCAGCUGAAGCAGAGCUGCACUUCCUGGAAAAUGUGAAGAAACUGUCCAUGUACGGAGUCGACCUUCAUCACGCAAGGAUGGUAGGAAGCCGCUUUGAUUGCUUGCCUUCCGCAAAGUCCGAGGACUCAGAGGGCGUGGCCAUCAUGCUGGGCGUGUGCAGUAGCGGUCUGCUGGUCUACAGAGACAGACUGAGAAUCAACAGGUUCUCGUGGCCAAAGAUCCUGAAGAUCUCAUACAAAAGGAACAACUUCUACAUCAAGAUCCGACCUGGAGAGUUUGACCAGUUUGAGUCUACCAUUGGUUUCAAGCUGCUUAACCACAGAGCUGCAAAGCGACUGUGGAAGGUCUGCGUGGAGCAUCACUCCUUUUUCAGGUUGGUGUCUCCAGAGGAGACCCCAAAGAAGUUGCUGUCUCUAGGUUCAAAGUUUCGGUACAGCGGUCGGACUCAGAUUCAGAGUCGCAGAGCUAGUGCUCAGAUCUCCAGACCUGCACCGCAUUUCCCACGAUGCAUCAGCAAGAGGAACAUGCUGAGCCGCAGCCUAGACGGAGAUAUGGGUACGGGGCUGUACGGAGCGUCUAAAGCCAUCGCCGUCAGUGACCUCAUCACCACGGUAACGCCUGAGAGGAGGACAGAGGAGAGGAAGUCGGAGCAAGUUGAGGAGGUGCUGGUGAUGGAGGAGGAGGUGCAGAGGGUGGAGGUAGAUAAAGAGGAGGUGCAGCAGCAGGAUGAGGAAGAGGAGGAGCAGACCAGAGUGACAGAGAUUUCUCAGCAAAGUCCUCCAACUCCUCAGAGACAGGACACCAAGACCGAGGUGACCGACACCGCGGUGGACGGAGACCUGACGGCGACGGAGUCUGAUCAGGAUGAAGACCUGAAAACACAGGAGACGUUGGGGAGUCCAGAGGAGGAGCAGAAACCUCAGAGCACCAUCAGCGCUCUCAGGCGUUCCUUCUUAGAGGGGGGAGGAGGAGGAGGAGGAAUGACAGAGUGGGAGAAACGUCUCGCCUCCUCGCCACUACGUCGAGUCGACGACUCCCCGAUGAUUGAACCUCUGGAACCAGACGAGGCCCUCCCAUUGGACAGCAGCUCAACAGCGGGGGGCGUAGUCAUAACAAACCGAGCUCCUCCUCAGCCAAUCAGGGAGAAGACCUACACUGUGGGGAGGUGCUACGACACCGCCUCUGGCAGGGUCAUCACCAUGACGACCACAGAUGACCACUCUGAUGUUAUCAUGACGACAGGAAGUAUUGAGACGAGUGGGCAGGUCAGAAUCAUCCCGUUGUCCAAUACUGAUGAUGUCAUCACAGGGGGACCGUUGAUCACGAUUCGUGAGGUGAAAACACCAACCUCCCCGUCUGAGCCACCUUCAGCGAUCUGUGACUUCACCAGUGAUGUCAUCUGUGCGGAUGACACCAGAAGAGGUGGAUCUAGAAGUCUGGACCUCCAUGGGGGCGGAGCCUCUCUGAUCUCACCACUGACGCCCCUCCUCCUUCCUAAAUCCCCACUGGGCGAGCUGAACCUUAGCCCCACCCUCACGCCAGGCCCCAUGACUGGCAGGACAUCACCCUCCAUGGCCAGAGUGGUAUGCUGAUUGGCUGGUUGGUGGUCGGCAUGGAAACGAGCAUGAGGAGCAAACACGGCGACCCGGCAGGAACACGUUAACCCCCGCAGUGCUGAAACAGCGAGUGUGGCUGGUGGCUCGUCUGAGCCGGUUCAAACUGAACACUUCAGCUCUGAGAAACUGCAGGUGGAGCUCAGGUGGAGCUCAGGAGGAGAGCAGGUGGAGAGCAGGUGGAGCUCAGGAGGAGAGCAAGUGUAAAGCAGGUGGAGCUCAGGUGGAGUUCAGGUGGAGAGCAGGUGGAGAGCAGGAGGAGUUCAGGUGGAGUUCAGGAGGAGAGCAGGUGGAGCUCAGGUGGAGCUCAGGAGGAGAGCAGGUGGAGCUCAGGAGGAGAGCAGGUGGAGAGCAGGUGGAGCUCAGGAGGAGAGCAAGUGUAAAGCAGGUGGAGCUCAGGAGGAGAGCAGGUGGAGAGCAGGUGGAGCUCAGGAGGAGAGCAAGUGUAAAGCAGGUGGAGCUCAGGUGGAGUUCAGGAGGAGUUCAGGUGGAGAGCAGGUGGAGAGCAGGAGGAGUUCAGGUGGAGUUCAGGGGGAGAGCAGGAGGAGAGCAGGUGGAGCUCAGGAGGAGAGCAAGUGUAAAGCAGGUGGAGCUCAGGUGGAGUUCAGGUGGAGAGCAGGUGGAGAGCAGGAGGAGUUCAGGUGGAGUUCAGGGGGAGAGCAGGAGGA